UGGGAGCGGGAUGAACUUGUUCCAAUUACCAAGGAGGUUAUCACUGUGGAAACCUUGGUAAGGGCAAUUUGGGAAGACAUAAAAAAUUAUGCAGGAAAAGGCAAAAUCAUUUUGUUCCCAUCUAUCAACUUUUCACCACCAAAAAUUGAACACCAAGCAAUGACCACUUACCAGGACCUUAUAAAUGCCAGCCCUAAGCACCCAACAAGUUUCAUUCAGAACUACUACUACUACUACUACUUUAGCUUCAAGUCAAACCCUUGUAUGCAAAGCAGCUAAACAUGACUCCCAAGGCUUCUUUCUUUCUUUUCUCUGUUUUAGCACUUCUCUUUGCUGCAAGAGCUCAAGAGAGAGCUCCUCAUGGCCUGGUUUUUGAGAGUCCAGUGGCUUUUUCACCCUCAGCAGUUGAAUUUUUCCAUCCAAAAACACAAGAACCCAACACAGAGAAACCCUGUGCAGGACCAUCUGCUUGUUCACCAUUGCCUCUCGCAGCUGAAGUGGAAUAUUCUCGAACUCAGGAAACCAAAGUAUCAUCAUCCCAGAAAGGUGGGAGCCACCUAGGUGCCAGUAGCAUUGCCGGCAUUGUGCUCGGUUUGGCAUUUGCAGUGCUUCUAGCAAUGGCGGGUUUCUAUGUAUUCAUCACACGUAAAGCUAAUCUGAAUCGAGACAACUCUGUUCAACCUGAUGCUUGAUGGGGUUACUACAGUAGGCUUGAUGAUUUUGACAGUUUUCCCCCCUAUGGCUCCAGCUAGUCUGUCUUGCUAGUCAUUCUCUUACAUAUAAUCUAAUGUGUUCUAAUUUUCGAUCUGGAAUGUAUCUAUGGUUUCAUUA